AGUAAAAUUGUCGUCUAAAAGAGCGACGGACAGUGGGAGAAAGAAGAAGAAGAAGAAGAAGAAAUUUGAGCGACAAUUGAUGGCGGAGUGGAAAAGUCGGAAAAGGAAUUUCAAUUACACAAUAAUCGUGCAAAAAGGCUGAGGAAGUGUGUGAAAAUUGUCGAAAAGUUGCCAGUAAAGUGUAAAUUGCAGUUCAGUGAGUGGUGAAAGCGGGGAGAAGUUGCCGAAUUGGUGAAAAAGUGGUGUGAAACAAAGUGCGGUGCACGUUGAUAGGCGAGCAACGCAAUCAAAGUGCGGUACCCCCGUUCGUCGUCGAAUGAAAAGGCGAAAAUUUCGAGAAAUUUUAUGCGGAUAAACGCAGUUCUGUCGCAUCUAGAGUGAAAAGUUCAUCAGCGACCGAGGGCGAUCAAAGGACCGGCAAGCACGAUGACGUGGGAGCCGCAGCCAGAGGGUCUCCAGCAAAUUCUCAACCUGCUGAAGGAGUCGCAGUCGCCAGACACAGAGAUACAACAAGCCGUUCAGAGGAAAUUGGAAGAGUUGAACCAAUAUCCCGACUUCAACAACUACCUGAUCUACGUGCUGACCAAGCUGAAAAGCGAGGAUGAGCCAACGAGGUCACUGAGUGGAUUGAUUCUCAAGAACAACAUUCGACACAUCGGCACGAACCUUCAGUCGGAGAUCAUCGACUACAUCAAGCAGGAAUGCCUGAUGGCCGUGGGCGACCCGUCGCCCCUGAUCCGGGCGACUGUGGGCAUCCUGAUUACGACCAUCGCUAGCAAGGGCGGCCUAAUGAAUUGGCCGAAUCUCCUUCCUAUGCUGUGCGACAUGCUGGACUCGCAGGAUCACAAUGUGUGUGAGGGCGCCUUUGGGGCGUUGCAGAAAAUCUGCGAGGACUCGGCCGAGGGACUGGACAGUCCGGACCUCAAUCGUCCCCUCAAUGUGCUGAUCCCGAAAUUCCUGCAAUUCUUCCAGCACUCGAGUCCCAAGAUUCGCUCCCACGCCAUUGCGUGCAUCAAUCAGUUCAUCAUCCACAGGACGCAGGUGCUGAUGCUGCACAUUGACGCGUUCAUCGAGAGUCUCUUCCGUCUGUCGUCAGACGAGGACCACGAGGUGCGCAAGAACGUGUGCAGGGCGCUGUGUAUGCUGCUGGAGGUGCGAAUGGAUCGUCUCAUGCCAUACAUGAACCAAAUCAUCGAGUACAUGCUGCAGCGCAGCCAGGACCAGGACGACAGCGUCGCCCUCGAGGCGUCUGAGUUCUGGCUGUCCCUGGCGGAGCAGAACAUCUGCAAGGAUGUUCUUGGACCGCACUUGCCACGCCUAGCCCCAAUUCUCAUUCGUGGCAUGCGCUACUCCGACAUUGACAUCAUCCUGCUGAAGGGGGACGUGGAGGAGGACGAAAUGAUACCGGAUCGCGAGGAAGACAUCCGCCCGCGUUUCCACAAGUCGCGCACGCACACACUAAAGUCAUCGAGCGACGAGAAUGGGGACAAUGACGACGAUGACGAUGGCAUGGAUGAUGAUAAUUCGCUCUCAGAAUGGAAUCUGAGGAAGUGCAGCGCAGCGGCGCUGGAUGUGCUGGCCAAUGUGUUUCGUGAGGAGUGUCUGCCCAUCCUGUAUCCAAUUCUCAAUGAGAUCCUCUUUCACCAGCAAUGGGAGAUCAAGGAGAGUGGAAUACUGGCGCUGGGGGCAAUCGCGGAGGGCUGCAUGCAGGGAAUGGUGCCGCAUCUGCCCGAGCUGAUUCCCUACUUGAUAUCUUGCCUGUCGGACAAGAAGGCUCUCGUGCGCUCCAUCACGUGCUGGACGCUCUCCAGGUAUGCCAAUUGGGUGGUGGUGCAGCCGAAUCACGACCAGUAUUUGAAGCCACUGAUGGAGGAGCUCCUCAAGAGGAUCCUGGAUGCUAAUAAGCGUGUGCAGGAGGCGGCUUGCUCGGCAUUUGCGACUCUCGAGGAAGAGGCGUGUACUGAAUUGGUGCCCUAUCUCAGUUUCAUCCUCAAGACUCUCGUCUUUGCCUUCUCAAAAUACCAGCACAAAAACUUGCUUAUUCUCUAUGAUGCCAUUGGUACGUUGGCGGAUUCUGUGGGCCACCAUCUGAACAAACAAGAUUACAUCAACAUGUUGAUGCCGCCCCUGAUCCACAAGUGGAACAUGCUGAAAGACGAGGACAAGGAUUUGUUCCCUCUGUUGGAGUGUCUAUCCAGUGUCGCUACGGCUCUCCAAUCGGGUUUCUUGCCAUACUGCGAACCCGUCUACAAGCGCUGUAUUUCACUGAUACAGCAAACCAUCAAUCAAGACAUGGCGAACACAGCGAGUCCCGGACACUACGAACAGCCUGACAAGGAGUUCAUGAUUGUGGCACUGGAUCUGCUGUCGGGCCUGGCAGAGGGCCUGGACGGGCACAUUGAGUCGCUGGUGGUGAACAGCAACAUCAUGGAGUUGCUGUUCCAGUGCAUGCAAGACAUUAUGCCCGAGGUGCGACAGUCAUCGUUUGCUCUCCUGGGUGACUUAACAAAGGCUUGCUUCCAACACGUGGCUCGCUACAUUCCUGACUUUUUGCCAAUUCUCGGACAAAAUCUCAAUCCAGAAUGCAUAUCUGUGUGCAACAAUGCCAUUUGGGCAAUUGGAGAGAUUAGCAUUAAACUGGGCGCCGAAACACGAUUAUACAUCCCUCUAGUUCUCAACCAGUUGAUUGCCAUCAUCAAUCGUCCCAACACAACGAAAACUCUUUUGGAAAAUACAGCUAUAACAAUCGGUCGUCUAGGUUUAGUGUGCCCCCUUGAUGUGGCUCCUUUAUUACAACAGUUUGUUCGGCAGUGGUGCACCUCCCUACGCAAUAUACGUGACAAUGAGGAGAAGGAUUCUGCUUUUAGAGGCAUGUGUCAAAUGAUAACCGUAAAUCCCGUUGGCGUUGUCCCGGACUUUAUCUUCUUCUGUGAUGCAGCCGCAUCAUGGGUAAGUCCAAAGAGUGACUUACAUGAAAUGCUUCAAAAGAUACUCUCGGGCUUCAAGACUCAGGUAGGCGAGGAGAACUGGAGACGAUUCGUCGAUCAAUUUCCCCCACAACUGGCCGAGCGUCUCAGCACAAUGUAUGACAUCUAACGAGGUAAUGGCAGUACAUUAAAUAUUUGCGGGGAAUUUCCUCCGGUGAGAAUUGAUGAUAGUGUGAACUGGCACAAGACUGCACCUACACUGCUGGUGAGAGUCCUUGCAAUGGAUGACUUUUUGUUCUCACAACUAGUUAAUGGAAGGAGAGGAGAGUAUAUCAUUUUGAUUGCAGUAGGAAAACGCUGUAAUAAAUGCAGAGGAAAAAAGAAACUAAUUGAAUCAAUAACUUUUUGUGAUAAGUAAAUAAAUACCACUAUUUAUUUUCUUGGUCAUUUGAAGAUGAAGUAAAUUGAAGAGAGAGAGAGAGAGAUAGAGAGAUAUGUGAAAUUAUAAUUACCACAUUUUUUCCGAAUGGGAAAAAAAGAAUUCCUUUUACGAUUCAAUCUACCGUCACUUUCGUAUGCAACUGUUUAGAAGAGUGGAAUAAAAGAGUAUUAGAGCAGAAACACCGUAAACAAUAGUGGUGAAGAAAUACACAGUAACGUUAGUAAGAAGAUAUAAAUCACUUUCUUAAGCAUGUGGGGGAGAAGAGAAGAAAUAUUCAUAUCUAAACAUACGAUUAAGAUGUAUAACAAGGUAUAGACAACAAUUGACUUAUACUUUUGAAUAAUAUCGACCAUUUAUAUAAAUUUCUAAUCAUAUUUCCUUUCCAAGUUCCUGAUUCCUGUUGAGUCCUUCCCAAUAUACACGAAUACUUUCGAAUUUAAUGUUUUUUAAAAGAAGAAAAUUGAUUAGAAGUGCAUAAUGUAGGAAUAUAACCUCAAUUGAUCAAUAUUUAGAAAUUAUAUCUUAAUUUUUUUUCUUUUCAAUUUGUUCUCGCAAGAUUAUUUACUCAAAUAUUUGUACCGUGUAAUGUUGCGUGAUUAUGCAAAAAAAACUGUAUGUAUGACUUAGAGUAACAUAAAAUGUAGGCACUAUGUGAAGAAAUGGGUAGAGUUGCAGAAAUUUUUCUUAUAUUUUUUUCCUAUGUCUAAAUUUUUCCCAAACUGCUAUUUUGUAGUCAGCGGUUUGGGAUAGAUAUUUUUUUUCUUUCUAUAAGAAUUCGUAACAUUGUGAUAAGGAUAUGUUUGAUUUAGAGAUGAUUUUUAGGAAGAUAAGGUAGAUUUUUUCAAAUUUUGAAAGUCAUUUUUUGCUUACCUUUAAUGAAUUUACGAAGUAUGUGUUUAUUUUUUUUUGUAAAAAUUAAUCUACGAACUGAAACAUUGAUGCUUUUUCUUUUGGAUGAAAUUACACUGCUCUAAUUGCUGUCAUGUAGCGUUAUAAUUUUUUUUUUAAAUAUUAGUCUCAUUUGUCAAUUGAUGAUCAGCAGCAAGAGAAGAGGAAUCCAAAUGAUAUUUAACAAAACAUAGACAAUGCAGAUAUUCACAUUUUAUGUGCCAUUCAGAGAAAACACUUGAUGUAGAUUUUUGUGACCUUGUUGUGUAACCACUUAAUUUGUCGAGUAAUUAAGACUGAAACUGGAAUUUCACAAAAUAGAUAAUACUGAUUGAUAUUCUAGAAUGAUCAAAGUAUGAGAAUUUGUGUGUUGCUGUGUUCAAAAAGUCUUAUUGUUUACUAAAGCAGAGAUUUAUGGGAAUCGUUAACUCUCAGUCCAAUCUUCAGCGUAUAAAUAUUGUGCAGAAAAAUAUUUGGAACUUUACUUCUUACAAUAGAGAAUCUCACUUUGAGAUCUCGUCUUUGAUUUACCUAGAAAUUUAAGAUUGUUCACUUUUUGAACACAGAAGUUGUGCAAAUUCUUUUUUUAAUGCUUAAAAUAAAAAAAAAUUAUUGUGAGAAGCUUAUUUUUCCAAAAAUCUAAGUUGCUUUUUUAUUGUUUAUUUAACACUUUAAUUUAUUUUCUAAAAAAAAAGAGAGAUUAAGCCAGACCGUGAGAGGAAAGGGAUGUAAAAGUGAAAGGAGCCAAUGUUUCAGUCGCAUAGUAAUGAUGAUGAAGAGGAGAAACGAUAGGUAUUAAAAAAAAUAAAGAAAGAAGAUUAAAAAUUUCUAUAUUUAACUAGGUUAUACAUAAAUGAAAUUGUAUCUUAAUAGUAAUUACCACUAAUUGAUGAAAACACACGUCAUAAGAUUUAAUAAUGCAUGAAAAACUGGAAAAAUUGAUAGUGAAUUAUUUUCUAUGGUGAUUAUAUAUUGUAUGAAGGGUGUAAUUUAAUUUACGCGGAGAUAAAAGAUUUAUAAUUUUAUAGCGUUGAAAAAUGUCGAUUGAUCAAUUUUAUUUGAAUGUUAAAAUGGAAAAAGAAAAAUGUCGCGUGAAAAGAAUUUCUAAAUGAACAAAUUCAGGGGAUUUCGUUUUUUAUAUACGUAUUUACUGUAAUCGUCGCGUAUCGCACACGUUAUCGUCGGUUUUAGCGUCGGUCGUCUUAUGGAUUCGUCCCCAAAUCCACCGCGUCGGUUUUAUCGACUGAGACAAAAAUUUCUCUACAAAAUACAUUAUUAUGAAACAAGACAAAAAAAAGAGAUAAUCCCACGAAGAAGAAGAAGGAGCAAAUUCAUUUUAUAUAUCCAUACAAAGAGUGUAAAAGCAAAAUAAGCAAAUUUCAUCACAUUAUGAUGUCUUGUUUUUCAGGGCAUUGCAAGAAAAAAGAGAUACAAAAAAGAAGAAACUAGAAGAAAGUGAAAAUGUAACAAUAAAUUUGUAAUACAAGAAAAGAAAAUGUGAUUAAUGUAUUUUUGUUGAAGGAAUUUUUGUUGAUACAAAUGUACUUGUUCGUCGUGGAAGUACAUUUCUUUGAAUAAAUAAUCAUAUUGCACUUAAAAACAAAAAGAAAAACCACUAGAGGGACUUUUUUUCUCAGAAAAGUGCAAUGUGAUUAGGUAGAUUAUAAAAAAAUCGUACGUACCUUAUUAAACCAAAUUGAUGAAACAAUUUGGUCGCGUCGCGUUCUCGUCGCGUUUUCGGGUGAUUCUAAUAAAUUGAGUUAUUUAUUGAAAAGUAAAGUAAUAUAUGUAAUGUAAAAGAAUAGUGUAGGUAUUUAGGAAUUAACAAGUGAAGAAUUUUAUAAAUAAAGAUGAAAAGAGCUAGGAAAUAAAGAGAAAAAAACAUACAAAAGUAAUUCUUGCUAUUUACGACUUAAUGAGUAUACUUUGUGUUAUGUUUAAUCAGAAGAAUUGAUAAAGAGAAAGAAUGGAGAUAAGAGAUAGGAAAGGUGAGAUAUACAGUUAAAAGUAGCUACUAAAUGACAUAAAUGUUACUUUUCCUAUAACACCAUGCAAAGACAGAAAAAAUGGAUUAACUUCUGCACAGUUUAUUUUCAAUCUGAGAAGGGUUAAAGAGAAGAAAUCAACGAAAUUAUAGAGAAAUUACCACAAAAUUUUCUCCCAUUCACUGUCAUUCUUUUGAGAAGAAGAAGAAGAAAAAAAAGUUCCCACCAAGGAAGAAAUCUAUAAUUGAAAUUAUACAUCAAACACCGAAAUAUUCUUAGUAGAACAGAAUAUUAUUUAUUACAUUCAAGAAUUUAUUUGUACCCCCCAAAAAGCGCUGUCAUAAGCAGAGAUGGAAUGAGAGUUUAGGAUAUUUUAAUGGGAUGCUACUAAGUCUGAUAAUGUCAUUUACAAUAAUAUAUUUUUGAGAAUACUUUAUCAUCAAUUUGAGAAGGAGAACAAACGAAUUCAAUCCGCAAGAGCAGAAGAGAGCAUGAUUACCAUAUUAAGAAGCAUAUUUGAAAGGAUUAAUGGAAAUUGGACAUGAAGUUAUUGUGUCUGUAUAGGAAAAAAUGAAGAAAAUCAUAACCAGAAAGCAAUAUUUGGAAAAUUCUAAUGAAUGUGAGCAAAGUAAAUGAAUUAUAAAAAGUUGUUGACAUGAUGACAAAUCAAUAUAAUUGAAAUUGCUUGAAUUUCGUAUGCACAAAGUAUUCAUUUUGAGAGACAAAGUUAUGUAAAAUAGUGCUUGCUUUAUUUAAAAGACAUGUGAGAAGAAACACUUUAAAUUAGACUUUUAAAAUUUUACUCAUGACUUGAAAUACUGAUGGAUUCAAAAGACUUUUUGAUUUAAUUUGCAAUAAUUGACCUUUUGCUGUAGAUUAUUCCAAUUAGUGACUGUUAAUUGACGAGGAUGGCAUUGCAAAGAAUGCAAAUGAUAGUCCAUAUCCAUUAAAACAAACCAGGGAAUUCAAAAGAGAAUCUUUUGUGAAGAAAAGUAUGCAAAACAACAUUAGAAUUAUACCCUGUAUUUUCAAUAAUGUAAUUAACAUAAUAUCACCAAAAGGGAAAUGUAACUUAAACAAGAAAUAAUAAAAUUGAAGUA